AUGGCUUCUCAUGUCUUCAUGUUUCAUCGGACUGUCAGUUCGAUGCUGUUUCUUGUAAUCACGACGUUGGUAAUCACAACCUCCUCCGGAAGGAGAGAGCUUUCAGAACUACAAGAAGUUGAGAUUCAAAAACACUUGAAACGAAUCAAUAAGCCUGCUGUCAAAUCCAUCAAGAGUUUAGAUGGAGAUAUAUUUGAUUGUGUUAACAUCACCAACCAACUCGCGUUUGAUCAUCCUUUACUAAAGAACCACACUAUUAAGAUGAGGCCGAGUUUUAUCCCAAAAGAUCUUUUUAGAAACAAUAAAAAACAAUCGGGGCUCAUAAGUACUCAGUUAUGGCAAAGGAGUGGAAAAUGCCCAAAAAACACUGUACCAAUAAGAAGAACAACAAGGAAAGAUCUCUUACGAUGGGGUUCCAUCGAAAGUUACGGGAAAAAGGAUCCAAAUGGCAUUCGUAACUACGGAUCUCACCCAGCUGCAAAUAAUGAACUCCCUAAACAUGAGUAUGCUGUAAUUCGAGGGAGAGUAGGAGGAAUAUAUAACGGAAUAGAAGCCGCAAUCAACGUGUGGAAACCAUAUGUUCAAGAAUGGAAUGAGUUUAGUUUGGCUCAGAUGUGGAUUUUGGGCGGCAUUGAUGCUCCGGAUUUUAAUUCCCUCGAAGCUGGUUGGCAGGUGUAUCCAAGAUUGUACGGUGACGAUAACCCCCGUCUCUUUAUUUUAUGGACAGCUGAUCGUUACAAAACAGGCUGCUACAACCACAUGUGUUCCGGCUUUGUCCAAACCAACCAAGCGAUUGGUAUCGGUGGUGCCUUUGACCAAGUUUCAACUUACGACGGCAAUCAAUUUAAAGUCACACUACUUAUAAUGAAGGAUCCCCAGAGUGGAGAUUGGUGGCUCGUAGUGAAUGACGUGAGUGUCGGGUAUUGGCCAAAAUCAAUCUUGUCGCAUCUAAAGGGCUCUGCGUCAGGCGUCGAAUGGGGAGGCGAGAUCUUGAACUUUAAAGUAGGCGGCCGACACACGAACACCGACAUGGGAAGCGGCCACUUUGCGGAGGAAGGGUUCAAGAAGUCUUGCAGCAUGCACCACAUUUCCAUAGUUGACGAGCAUCACGUCAAGAGGGAAACCGAGAUCGAUCAGACCAUUGUGGAUAAUGCAAAAUGUUACAAUUUAGCUCAUGGGAAUAAUGAUCCUAACUGGAGAACUUACAUCUACUUCGGCGGACCUGGUCAAAACCCUGGCUGUCCGUGA